AUGCCUUGGCCACCAUACAAAAAACCCACGCCCAAAAACAAAUGGUCCAUAUACCCCUCCCUCCACGACAACGUAGCCCGUCUCCUAGCAGAACACAAUCUCUGUUUCACAUUCCACCCCAUCGACGACCCGAUCAGCUGUACCAAAGAAUACGACACCAACAUCAUGGGUAAAUUCACCUGUCGCAAACGUGCAUGUCCCUCGCAUGGAUGGUCGAGUAAGAAAGUUGCAAUCACGAUACGUAUGUAUGCUGGAGAAAAAUAUAACGCGAGAGUGUAUUAUCAGCGCUGCAAGAGCUGUAAUACGCUCAGUCAACCUAUUCUGGAUGAUUCGUAUGCGGAGAGAGUCGCGUAUCGCAUUAAGAAGUGGAGUGGAAUUGAGAUGGAUAGGCCGGUGUAUUAUGGGACUAGAGAGAGUAAUGGUCCGCAUAAUGCGGAAUUGUGUGAGGGUUGUAGGGAGGGUCAUUGUAGUGGGUUUGGGUUUGAUGUUGAUUGA